UUAAAAUGGAAGAGAGCAAAUCAAGAAAGGAUACGACUCUUACAAGACUUAAUAAAGUUUUGAUUAUAACUGAUGGACUGAUGCUUUUCUCUGUGACCCUCCUAUUCUUCAUCGGCCGCCAGCAGAAAUGCCAGGCCAAUCCUGGCCAGAUGGUCCGCGCUUAUAUAAUUUUUAAGAUUAUUUUUAUGAUAUUCAGAGUUUUCUUCUGGAUUCUCCAAGAAUAUGCCAGGAAGUUGGAAAGCUACUGAAACUUGUUCUAUAUGCUAUCCUGGGCUCCAAUAAUGAUUCUUUAUUACAUCUUGUACAUUGAUUAUUUCUUCAGAAAUGGCUUACAAGAUUGACGUGAUGUUGCAUCAACGAAGUAUAUUAGCCUGGUAAUUAUUUUAGCUGAAUCAUUCAUAUCGUUAUUUAUAACUUCUUGUGCUCUUCUCUUGCUUUUCUUUUAUCUCUGUGUAAUUAUCUACAAAACCAAGAUCCUACAAGGAGAAAGUGACAAGAAAGAGGAGAAUGCCAAAAAUGGAGUAAAACCCGAAACAGUCAACAAAUCCUCCAUAAAAAUUAGACAUGAAACUGAAUCAAGGAUUCCAGUUUAAAAUGUCAAAAUUUGU